UAGCGCGCAGUUUACCGCCACCUUCAAGUGGCGCUACCGUCGUACCAGUAACUUUAACACACACAUACCGUAUUGUGGUGCAAUGUGACUGUGAAUGUGGCUUUCAUUGACGAGAUUGUUGUGUUUGAUUUUUGAAAAUUCGUUCAUUUUUUUCACAAGCAAGUGUCGUACCAAAGCCCCCGCCCACUUUCGCCCCCUCAGACUGGCCCCAUUUCCUGAGCUUUCGCAGGGCUCAAAAAAUCAUUUUGGGCACUAUGAACAAAAAUUCGAAGCGGGAAUUGUGACUAAGUGGUGACGGCAGAUUAAGGCUCCAACAUGGCUGGGAGCACACCAACUGGGAGAAUAUGAAGAUCAGGGCAAAGUCGUAGCAAUUUUUAGUUUUUUUCGUUCCAAAAAUGCGUUCGCCCGAACACAGAAACACGUACAAUAGAACGGGACACACUCAAGAUGAAGUAUCUUCACGUCAUAAGGCACCAGGAGCUUUUACCAUACUCCCACCCGAUGAUGCGGCCCCUCAAGACCCUCCUAUGGCUCCUCAGCCAUACAGGCUUACUCCAUCCUCCCGAAGACACAAGAACAUGUCUUUCGCGAUCCUGGCGGAGCCCAGCAGCUUGCCCACCUCGCGGAGCCCCAGCCCCACCGGCCGCGUUAGCCCCUUCCGGGGCCGGGGCUUCAACCCCAUCGGCUCGCGGCACGCGUCCCCGGCCCCGUCACCGCCGCCCCAGGGGGCUUUCACCCUCCAGGAGUCCCCCAGCCACUCCAAAAUCCCGCGACUGUCCCGCCGCGGAAGCGCCGCCGCUUUCGGGGAGAAAAUCACCGAUUACCAAUCGUCCCCCAACAGGAGAAAAUUGAACGCACAGCUUAGUCAAAGCCUAACUAACAUUGCGCCCAGACGGGUCACCGCCCGGCCGCCGCCGAGCCCCCGAAGGCCCCCAGGGUACUCCAAAAACACCUUCCAGAGGCUUUCCCCCAUCGUAGGUAGUUCGCCUGAGCCAAGUCAAUCCCAGUCUUCCCCUAAACUCAACACUAGUAGUACAGUGAGCAAGAGUCGCUCGUUUGUAAAUAGACCGCCGAGGAAUGCCUCCAAGCCCACCUCCAAGGCCACCAGUAGGGAGCCGAGUCCUAGCAAGAACCCAGCUUCGCCCACGAGGAUCCCGGUCAAGAAUUACAGAAAUGUGCAAGCGAAAGUUAAUAGUUUUAGUAGGACUAAACCAAAAGUGCCUCCUAAACCCCAAGUGCUGAGCGAGACCGAUUCGGAUAGUGUGGCUAAUAGAAGAAAAGUGGAACGAAAAGAAAGUGUUAGUAGGUUAAGGACAAACUCUAGAAUCAAUCUAAAUCUUAAUAACAAUAAUAAUACGAAAAACAAUAAUAAAAACAAUAAAAAUAACGUAGGUAAAGACACUAACGGGAACCAGAAAAGUAAUAAUAACAACAAUAAUAAAAAUGCUGUAACAAAUAAAGGUGCCGAAUCGAGUAAAGAGAAAAAUGAAACGAAGGCAACAAACGACAAAGGGAACAAUAAAAAAGAAGACUCCACCAAGAAGAAUGAGGCAAAAGAAGAAACGGCCAAAAAAUCAGAAAAAGAAAGUCCGGUGAAACUGUCCGACUUGCUCCAACCCUCGACGACAGCUGUGGUUUCAAGCACCACAACCACAGUAACCCAACCCUUGAAAAUCGAAGCCAAAAUCGAAGAACCUGCAAAAACCGACAAUAAAAUGGCACCCAUGGUCGACGGCCGCAUCUUGAGUGCAACCAGCGUCUCCCAUGCGAUGAAUAAAAUGAACGAUACGGUCCUUGACUCUCAAACCCUGAUGAAGGAAUCCGGACUUACGAAACUAUCACCGGCUGCAAGCACCAUCAUCGCGAUGUCCAACCAAAACCCUCUAGACACCAAAAAUGCGACCACGGCUCUGCCGAAAGUCGAAGAAGCCACAACUAAGACCGUGGACAGUAUAAACAGUAACCACGUUACUUCGACUGGAAUCGUGCCAGCGAGGGUUUUGGAGCAACACGUCCAGAACAACAUGAGCAAAUUGAUAAGUCCGGACCACAAAAUCGGGAAUUCCGUCCAGAAAACCGCCAACGAUAGGAUAAUCGAAGCACGGACUGUCGUCGCCCAUGAUGUCAAGCCCAUCAAGAUUACUGUGAGGGAGAAACCCAUGGAUGUGGAGGUACAGAGCGGGAAUAUCCGCUUCGACACGUCCAACGGCUUGGGGGAGAGGCCGGGUUUACCCCCUCCUCAGCAGCCCAACGACUCGCAAGAACCCCAAGAACCACCCAAAGGCAAUGCAUGCACGCGAUUUCUUUCAACAUGCAAAAAGAAAAUGUCAUGUAAGCGAUGCAAGAAACAAAAAGACGAAACUAAAGACGAGCUCAAGAAAGAACGCGAAGAAACUGGAAAAACGGGAUGCUUCAACUGCAGGAAGAAGAAACCUGACGUCACCAUCAACAUUGAGAAUGACGAACCCAAGCCGAAAUUUUGGGACCGGAUGAAGUGCUGCAAGAGAAACAAGGUUGGCGACACUGGGUGCUUCCCGACGGGAAAACGGAAGGAGAGCUGGGUGGGGGAGAGAAGAGACAGCAUUUUGAGCGAUCCGCCAACUGUUCAAAAGUCGCGAUGUUCCGGCUUCUUCCGCAGGAUGUUCUGUUUGGACAAAUGCCGCAAAAAAACGCCGCCCAAAAUCGAGGAAACGCAAGAAAGUCGAAGGGCUUCCAUGAUGAGCAAAAAGAAGAGUCUAACGCCUUCAGUCCCCGUUGAGGACACCAAACCAAAACUUGAUCUCAGUUUGGUGGAACACACGUCCCACAUGAAAGCGGCAAUUCCCGUUCUUCCAGUUUGUUUAGCUUGGUUCUGUCUUGUCAUGAACUGCAUCGCGCCCGGGACAGGGACCGUUUUCAGCGGAAUGUUCUGCUUAUGCAUCGGCAAGCCGCGGUUUUCGCAGAAAGACGGCCCCCGGCCCCGCAUCGGUGCCUUCAUCAUCGACCUCAUCAUCGGCUUCGGCCAGUUUUUCACCGUUUUGUUUUGUCUGGUCGGGUGGGGUUGGUCCAUUUGGUGGGGCGUGAUUAUGGUGAAACUUGCCAAAAAAAAUAAAAAAAUUAAAGCCUUAGAAGCAAACGCGCAAGAAGGGUCCAGACAAGUGCCAGCCGCCAAUCAGAACCACCGAGAUCCGGAAAGGGGGUCUUGAACAGCGGCUAAAGACAUAUCACUUCUUCUGGAAGGUUUUUUCUACAAUAUUUUGUACAGGCUUUCGCACAAAUUACAAAACUUUCGAUUUAGCCCCAAAUUGUUAUCGUUAAACCCAUUUUUGCUGGUCAAAAAUGUUUUGUAAGAAGUGUAGAUAGGAACAAAAUUACGCAAGUUACACUAUUUUUUGUAAACUAACAUGUAGAAAUGUGUAUUAUACAUUUUAUAGCGCAGGUGGGGGUUGUUACUUAACAUGUAUUUGGACAAAGUGUACAAAGCUUUUUCAAAGUAUUUAAACACUUUAUUAUGAAUACAAUAACAAUGCAAUACCAGCUAAGUACAAGCACACAGUUACAGAUUACAGAAGUAUUUUUCUAUAAAGUUAGGCUAAAUUGGCGUGUUUAAAUACUUUAUGUACACUUUUUUAAUAAAGAUUUAUUGUAAAUAAAA